CUCGCGUCCGCCUCCGUCUCCGCAUCCACUUAUAAAAGCCACCCGCCCUCCGGGCGCCUCCUUCUUUUCCUGUAGUUCUACCAGAGAAAAGAAAUCACACCUCCCAUCCAUCUCAGGACGGCGGCGUGCGCGGGUUCGUCUCCGGAGGCUUUCCCCAUGGCGGAGGAGUACGACGAGCAGGGCAUGGCCAUCGCGGCCGCCGAGAUACUUCUCAGCCUCCGGACAAGGAAGCUGGCGCGGUGGCCGGAGUGGGUUCCGCGGCCAUCCAACGAACUCACCGCGGCGGCGACGGAUCUACAGCGGCCGGAGGAGGCGGAGGAUGAGCUGCCGCCGAUUCCGGAGAGAUGGCCGAAGCGGCCGCGGCUGCCGCCGCGCGCGGUGGCGAAAGGAACCGCGUGGCUGCUGACGUUGAAGAGCACCUCUGCGCGGCUGGGGCAGCCCGUUCUCGCCAGAUCCGGCGCGUGUUCCAGCGGGGAGGAGAGGGCGCGGUCGCACCCGCGCGUCACGAAGGCGAAGCGCGAGCCUUUGGCGGCGCGGGCGCCGGAGACGCCGCCGUACUACGUCUCGGCCACCGGAUCCGGCCCUUCCACGAGCGGGCUGGACCAGGCGCGGUCGCGGCGGCGGCCGCGCGUGAGCGAGAAGGCGCAGGCGACGGCGACCGCGUGGACGGACGGCGCCAUGGAGGCAUCGAGCCCGGAGACGCCCUUCGACUAUGCCAACGCCGUUGGAUCAGGGGCGUCCUCGAGCGGGGACGACGUGGCGCGGUCGACGGCGAAGCGCAAGGCGCAGGGGUCAGGAGGAUCCGGAGGGCCGUUGAGCGGCGACGAGGGGUGCAGCUCGCCUGCGAAGCGCGCGCGGCCGGACGUCGCCGGCGCCGGCGCUGCCCAACCUGCGGCAGCCGCGGUUAAAGUUGAGGUUCAAAAGACCGAGAACAAUUACCGGGACGAGAAGGGCCACUUGAUGUUUGACCUCAACGAAGAUCCAAACAUGGCUGAGGAGUGGUAAGAGGCGAGGCGAGGAUCAGGAGAGGACUCUGCUAACUAGUUGGUGUGCUUGGGGCGAAUCAACCAAGCUGCUCAUAUGUACAUAGAGGGCAAGCUAGUAGAAGAAGAGCUGGUUAAGCGAGAUCGGAGGGGGCUUAGGGAGGGGUAUAAUCGUCAUUAGAUUUAUCAGGUUAACUUAGUCUGCUCUGUUGGACCUACUGCAUGCGCCGGUGCGCUUCUGGCUCGCUUGCUCUAUGCCGUCUGUGCAAUCCCUGUCAUUUUGAUCUUUUGUUUAUCCUGUUUAUCCGCAUCAACUGAUACGGUGCAUGAAUUAAACAAUAAUAUAUACAUUAGACAUUUUUCUUCU